AUGAUAUUAAAAAAGGAUGUAAUAGUUGGGGUAAUCGAAAAAAGAAUAAAAAUAAUAGAGAAGGGCUUCAGGGCACAUGGGAAUUCAGCAUCAGAAAAUGUUCUUUACUGUUCUCUUGCUGACUGUCGUGAUUUAAGUUCACCUUCUGCUUCACAAGCAAAUUCCUCUGCUACCCCUGGACCAGCUGUCAACCUCCCAACUGUCGCUGCAACUGUUCAGGUCUAUGUUGUUGUUCCCCUCGCUGCAACUGAAGAAUGGCAAGCAGCCCCUGCUGCUUCACCCAAUCUAACAACAAUUCCUGUUGUGAAUUCGGAGAACUCUUCAGUUCACAUUGCUAAUUCUGGGUCUCUAAAAAAUGGUACAAAUACUUCAAAUAAACAAGCUCCGGUUGGUUUAUCAUGUGGAUAUAUCCGCAUGUCGGGCAUUCCUUCUACGAAUGAUUCUUUAUCUCAUCCACUUAGUUUCUCAAAUAUGAUUCAUGGAGAGAAUGAUGUGUUCUCAUAA